AUGAGACAACCACAGGGGUACAAGGAUCCAGCUCACCCUACUUAUGUUUGUAAACUAACAAAGGCUCUCUAUGGGUUACGUCAAGCUCUUAGGGCAUGGUUCUCAGUUUUCUCCACUUAUCUGUUAGAACUUGGGUUUGUAAGCAGCAAGGCAGAUUCUUCUUUGUUCAUUCUUCAUAAACCAACUUCCAUCACUCUCAUUUUGGUUUAUGUGGAUGAUAUUAUUUUGACUGGAAGUGAUACUCCUUUUCUGUCUCAGUUAGUUUCUUUGCUUGGUUCCAAGUUUGUGAUGAAAGAUCUUGGUUCCUUGCAUUAUUUUCUUGGCCUAAAGGUGACAUACUUUCAGCAUGGUCUGUGUCUCACUCAGUCCAAAUAUGUUUCAGAAAUCUUGACUAAAGCAGGAAUGGAGGAUUGUAAGCCUAGUGCUUCUCCAACUUCUACCAAAGGACCUUAUGAUCCUUCCGAUCCUCCUUUUGAUAAUGUGUCUUUGUUCAGAACUCUUGUGGGCUCCUUGCAGUAUCUUACAUUAACUAGGCCGGACAUAGCUUUUGCUGUGAAUACGGUUUGCCAACACAUGCAUCAGCCCAAACUUAGUCAUUUUUUGGCUGUGAAACGUCUGAUUCGAUAUAUCAAGGGUACUAUCAAUCAUGGUCUUUAUUUUACUGAUGGUCCUCUUUCUUUAACUGCUUAUGCUGAUGCCGACUGGGCUGGUGAUCCCGUAGAUAGACAAUCAACCUCUGGUUUUGUUGUUUUUCUUGGUGCUACACCUGUUUCAUGGAGUGCUAAAAAGCAACCCACAGUUGCACGUUCUUCUACUGAGGCUGAGUACAGGGCCAUGGCCCAAACAGCUGCAGUUUUAGUUUGGAUCCAACAGCUGCUUACUGAAUUGCAGGUUUCUAUUGCUCCACCUCAUGUUCUGUGGUGUGACAAUAGAUCAGCCAUGGCCUUGGCAUCAAAUCCCGUCUUUCAUGCGCGUACCAAGCACAUUGAAAUUGAUUAUCACUUUAUCCGGGAGCAAGUAUUGGCUAAGAAAUUGGUGCUUCAUUUUAUUGCAUCACAUGCUCAAGUGGCUGAUAUUUUUACGAAAGUGUUGCCUGUAUCUCGUUUUGUUUUUCUGAAGUCCAAACUCAAGGUUGGAUCUUCUCCAACCAUGAGUUUGCAAGGGGGUGUAAAGAGAAUAGAAGAUAAGGGAGGUUAA